CCCACCUGGUUGCCAGCAACCCUAUCCUCCUCCCGCCAGUCUUCCCGAGUGAGUCCUUUGUGCUGCCUGCCUGGCCUCUGAUCCAGGCCCCCACUUACGGCCAAGGGGGCUCUGCAGCUGGCUGGGCCUGGAUCCCCCUUCCAGCCAUCGCCUCCCACUGGGCCUCCUCUCUUAAGGAGAAGAAGAGCCCUGACAGGGCCCUACCCCUCCGGCAGUGGGUGGCAGGGCAAGGGGCACCAGAGAGGGAGCAGGGAAAAGCUGGGCGCAGGAGGCCAGAGGCGCUCUCCCCAGACUGCGGUAGUGGCCAGGGACCCUCUGCCAGCCUUGCCACGGAGGCCCGUGGUCCCUGCAAUUAGCAGUGCCUCCUGGAUGGGACUCUCCUGGGCCCUGCCCAUCCUUCUCAGCUCGCAGAGACACUCAUGGUGACACAGGCUUCCUAGAUGGGGAGCUGGGAGGGUCCCUAAGGGCUACUCUACAGAUGGAGACACUCAGGCCCAGGCUAUGAUUGGCCUAAGACCACACUGCUGGUCAGGGUCAACACAGGGCCUUGAACAUUGGCAGGGGUUUUCCUCUGUGGGCUCCAGAACGACCCUUGCCUGGUGGACAGUAGAGGAUCUUGUGAUCAUGUCUUGGGCAGGUAAUGUCCCUGUUACCUGGGCCAGUCUCUUCCUGAGGUUUUUGUUUUUUCCUGGCAGAGAUAAGCCGUAAACACAAUGAACAUAGCUUUGCCCUUCCCUGGGCCCUAGCACUGAGGUUGAGUGGACCACAUCCGGGGAAAGCCACAGGGCUGGCAUCCCAGCUGGAUGGGUCAUUCCCAUCGCCCCUUGGCCUGGACAGAGGUGGAGGCUGAGCCACGCCUGACUUCCUCCCUGGGGACCUGCCUCCAGCCUUGUCAACCCCCUCCCCACCCCAGGAAGCCUUACAUGCCCCCUCCGUUGACCCGGCCUUCUCCUCUGAGGGUUUAAUAGGAGGUGCUCCUGCUCCAAGUUGUUCCCCGGUUUCCUCAUUUAUCCCUGCAGCUGACAAGGCUGGGAGGGUUCCUCUCUGCCCUCCGGGGGCUUCCAGAGCCCAAGUGGAGAGAAUUGCUCAUAGCAGGAGGGGUCUGAGGCAUGUAUGUAUUCCUGCAUGUGGGUACCCACAGAAGCAAGUGGGAUUUCUGUGUUAAGGCCUGCUGAUUCCAGCAGAAAGAGACCAGUCUGGUGGCGGUGGCCCCCUGUGUCUCCUGCCACAUGCUCCUAUAAAAUAGGGUGUGUCUCACCUUCACUAUCUCAGUUUUCCUACCCAUGUGGUCAGGGCCCAAGCCAUCCUCUGACUAGAGCAAGACUGAUAGUACUCCAAAGAAUGACUGUCAGGAGUUUCUGUUGUGGCUCAGUGGGUUAAGAGCCUGACUAGGAUCCAUGAGGAUGUGGGUUCAAUUCCUGGCCUCGCUCAGUGGGUUAAAGAUGCAGUUUAAGAUCACAGACUUGGGGUCAGAUCCCGAGUUGCUGUCCCUGUGGUGUAAGCUGGUGGCUAGGGCUCUGAUUUGACCCCUAGCCUGGGAACUUUCACAUGCUUUGGGUGAGGCCCUAAAAAGCAAAAAAAAAAAAAAAAAAAAAAAAAAAAAAGAAAGAAAGAAAGAAAAAAAAGAAUGACUAUCACCAAAGAAAAAAAAGAAUGACUAUCACCUGCAAAGCUUCCACUGUGUACUGGGGCUGGGUGCUUGAUAAGCAUUACUAUUAGUUUUCGUAUUAGCAUUUUGGAGCAUGGCUAUCCUAUUUAUCAGACCAGGAAACAGGGAGGAACCAUCCCGUCUCCACUCUAGGCAGGAGAUGAAGAAAGCAGGAGGAAGCAGGGUGAGGAGCUAAACAGAGUGGAGCCCAGUCACAGCUCCGGCUUUCCCCCGCUGGGUCCUCCCCUCCUUCCCUCUCUCCCUGGGUCCCUGACAGUGUCACUGUUUCCCUCACGCCAAUGCUUUCUCCCUAUCUCUGUGCACUGGGCCCCGGGGUAUUUCAGGCAGAACAGUUAGCUACUGCUUCCUCCAGGAAGCCUUCCUGGAAUGCCCAGGUCCAGCUGAGCCCAGCACCCUACUCUGACAGUUCCUCUGAGUUGGUGUUUGCCAACCAGGAUUGUAACUGUUUUUGUUGUUGGCUUUUCCAUGAGACUGGCAAUCCCGCAGGGCAUGAAAUAUUUGCCCAUCUGUCUCUUCGAGUUUUUUUCUGAGCUUCACAUCUGUCUCUGAGUAUCUGGUCUGUCUGAAAUUUUCAGUGUCUCUGUCUCUCUGUCUCCACCGCUGGGUCUCUGAAUGUCUCAGCAUCUGUGGUUUUCUGGUUUUGAGUGUUUUGGGGUCAUGGUUUCUGCUGUCUAAAGGGUCUCCGUUCUCCAGGUCUCAAUCCCUCAGGCUAUCAGGCUCUGCCUCCUGGGUCUCCUGGGCCUGCCAGGCUGGGCGCUGCCCCUUUGGCCCAAGGGGGCCUCUGGGGGGGGGUGGUCCUUGCUGCCCAGCCUUCCCACAGCGAGGCCAGGCUCGGGUAGGCCCCCGCCCAGCCCGCUGCCUGUUCCCUCCCUCCCUACCAGCUUGCCUCACCACAGGGUUUGAUGAAUCAAACUCUUUGUCUGGGUGGGAUCUCCCCCAGCCAGCUGGGCAGAGACAGGGCUUCCCCUGGCGGAGCAGCCGAAAGACAUCAGCAGCGGGCCUCGGCUGGAGAGGCCCAGGUGGGUGGCAGAGCAAAGGAGGAAUGGACUGUGGGCCACCUGCUACCCUCCAGUCCCAUUUGGCUGGGCCACCUGGCACUGCCCACCACCCAGUAGCAGUGUGCCAGCAGGAGAGCCUGUCCUUUGCAGAGCUGCCCACUCUGCAGCCCCCCAGUCCUGUGUGUCUGGAUCUCUUCCCCGUCACUCCAGAGGAGCUGCAGGCACCUGGCAGCCGCUGGUCCCUGGGGACCCCGGCUCCUCUCCAAGGGCUGCUAUGGCCACCAUCCCCACGAGGCCCAGACACCGAGAUCUCCACCAGUGGGGGGAUGCGGCCCAGCAGGGCUGGCAGCUGGCCACACUGCCCUAGUACCCAGACCCCAGCUCUGGAGGGAUCCUGGAGUCCCCAUCACCCACAGCCACAGCGCCGGGCCAGCCAUGGCUCAGAGAAGAAGUCAGCCUGGCGCAAGAUGCGGGUGUACCAGCGAGAAGAGGCCCUUGGCAGUCCCGAGGCCCAUGCUGUCUUCCUGGAGCCUAGCCAGGCGACAGAGCAGGCCCUGAGCACAGAGGAGCCGAGGCCGCUGGAGCUACCUGGGCCCACCCGAGUGGGCCUUGAGGGGCCUGAGCGAAGGCGCUUCUCAGCCUCUGAGCUGAUGACCCGGCUGCACUCGUCCCUGCGCCUGGGGCGGAAUUCAGCAGCCAGGGCAGUGACCCCAGGGCCAGGCACUGGAACUGCUCGGGAAGGGAAAGCAUCUGGAAGGGAGUCACGCAGUGUAGAAAUGAGGUUUGACGCUACCGUGAUGCCGGCACCUGUUGACCCGAGUGGGGGCCAUGGCAGCUGGCCUGAGCCCAGGCUGGGCGCGCAAGAAGAGUCGGCUCUGGGUUCCGGGAGUGCCAGUGAGCGGCGCCAGUCACGAUUCCUCCUCAACUCCGUCCUCUACCAGGAAUACAGCGACGUGGCCAGCGCCCGAGAACUGCGGCGGCAGCAGCGCGAGGAGGAGGGCCCGGGGGACGAGGCCGAGGGCGCAGAGGAGGGGCCCGGGCCGCCGCGCGCCAACCUCUCUCCGAGCAGCUCCUUCCGGGCGCAGCGCUCGGCGCGAGGCUCCACCUUCUCGCUGUGGCAAGACAUCCCCGACGUGCGCGGCAGUGGCGUCCUGGCCACGCUGAGCCUGCGCGACUGCAAACUGCAGGAGGCCAAGUUUGAGCUGAUCACGUCCGAGGCCUCAUACAUCCACAGUCUGUCCGUGGCUGUGGGCCACUUCUUAGGCUCAGCUGAGCUGAGUGAGUGUCUGGGGGCGCAGGACAAGCAGUGGCUGUUCUCCAAACUGCCCGAGGUCAAGAGCACCAGCGAGAGAUUCCUACAGGACCUGGAGCAGCGGCUGGAGGCAGAUGUCCUCCGCUUCAGCGUCUGCGAUGUUGUGUUGCACCACUACCCUGCCUUCCGUCGAGUCUACCUGCCCUAUGUCACCAAUCAGGCCUAUCAGGAGCGCACCUACCAGCGCCUGCUCCUGGAGAACCCCAAGUUCCCCGGCAUCCUGGCCCGCCUGGAGGAGUCCCCCGUGUGCCAACGUCUGCCCCUCACCUCCUUCCUCAUCCUGCCAUUCCAGAGGAUCACUCGCCUCAAGAUGCUGGUGGAGAACAUCCUGAAGCGGACAGCACAGGGCUCUGAAGACGAAGACAUGGCCACCAAGGCCUUCAAUGCACUUAAGGAGCUGGUGCAAGAGUGCAACGCCAGCGUGCAGUCCAUGAAGAGAACAGAGGAGCUCAUCCACCUGAGCAAGAAGAUCCACUUUGAGGGAAAGAUCUUCCCGUUGAUCUCUCAGGCCCGCUGGCUGGUUCGGCACGGGGAGCUGAUGGAACUGGCACCAUUGCCCGCGGUGCCCCCGGCCAAGCUGAAGCUGUCCAGCAAGGCUGUCUACCUGCACCUCUUCAAUGACUGUCUGCUGCUCUCCCGGCGGAAGGAGCUGGGGAAGUUUGCUGUCUUUGUCCAUGCCAAGAUGGCGGAGCUGCAGGUCAAGGACCUGAGCCUGAAGCUCCAGGGCAUUCCUGGCCACGUGUUCCUCCUUCAGCUCCUCCACGGGCAACACAUGAAGCCUCAGUUUCUGCUGAGGGCCCGGACAGAAAGUGAGAAGCAGCGAUGGAUCUCAGCCCUGUGCCCCUCCAGCCCCCAGGAGGACGAGGAGGUCGUCAGCGAGGGGGAAGACCACCCCCAGGUUCAAUGUGUCAGGACAUACAAGGCACUGCAGCCAGAUGAGCUGACCUUGGAGAAGACCGACAUCCUGGCAGUGAGGACCCGGACCAGUGAUGGCUGGCUGGAGGGGGUCCGCUUGGCAGAUGGUGAGAAGGGGUGGGUGCCCCAGGCCUACGUGGAGGAAAUCAGCAGCCUCAGUGCCCGUCUCCGAAACCUCCGGGAGAACAAGCGGAUCACGAGUGCCACCAGCAAACUGGGGGAGCCACCUGUGUGAUGGGCAGCAUGGCCUGGGACACCAGCUCCACGGCUCCUGGACAGGUCUGGAGGGUACCUGCCGUGUCUCCAUCUCCCAAGCUGCUGCUGCUGGCACUUCUGUUCUGAGGUCUGGCACCAAGGGUACAGGCUGGACACCUUGACGACACCUCCAAAGAGUCUCCCCUGUCCUCGUGCUCCUCAGUGUCCACAGCUCAGGGCCAAAGGUAAUUUCUUCCUCUGGCUUGGAGGCCACAACCUGUGACCUCUGGUAUCUGACAAGGAUGGGGGCCUCUGCCUUUCAUGCCCUCGACCCUGCCUAACUCUUGGUCCCUCUGGCAGGGAUCUGGCUGGCAAUGGCUCUGGUGCUGAUGGGUGUUGGGACCUCUUUGUGUAUAUAGUUCUGGAAUCUUCCAGCCUGAGCCUGUAUGGGCCCUAGUUGCUGUGACUUGUCUGUAAAUAAACUCUCAUAAUGCCCUUGCUUGGA